AUGGCUUCUAGAACAGACGUCAGCGACGAUGAAACCCUCCGUCAAAAGACCCCAGAGCCGAAACCGAAACAACGAUCACUAAUAAGUCUCAUCUUCGACAACACACGGAUUGACAUGGCUGUUGAGAACUACGAAUAUCCAGGAUGCGGUACUGUGGAAGAUCCAUUUGUUAUGAGCUGGAUUCCAGAUGAUACAGGGAAUCCACUUAAUUGGGAGAAGUGGUUGAAGUGGACCAUCACCAUGGUUUCUGCUGCAACUUCAUUUGCUGUUGCGUUCAGUUCAAGUGCUUAUACUGGUACUAUCAUGCCACUUAUGAUCCAUUUCGAAGCAAGCCAAACACUCGUCACUGCUGGCGUAUCAUUAUACGUGCUCGGCUUCGCAGUUGGACCACUAUUCUGGGCACCAUUAUGCGAAAUCUACGGCCGUCAAAUCAUCUUUGUCAUCAGCUAUGGCAUGUAUGUCGUCUUCAGCGCAGCAUGCACAGCGGAUCACGGAAUCGCUACGCUUCUAGUCCUACGAUUCUUUUGUGGAACAUUCGGUUCAUCACCAUUGACGAAUGCUGGAGGCGUCAUCUCAGAUGUCUUCAGACCCGACGAGCGUGCUAUCGCCAUGGCAUUCUUCUCUCUUGCACCUUCUCUCGGGCCGACUUUGGGUCCGUUCAUUGGCGGAUAUCUCGCUGAAGGUCAGGGAUGGCGAUGGGUCAUGGGCUUGAUGGCCAUUAUUGCCGGAAUAUUCUGGAUCCUAGACAUGUGCUGCGCCCCCGAAACAUACGCCCCCUACAUCCUUGGCAACCGCGCAGCGAUCAUGUCCAAAAAGACAGGCAAGGUAUACAAGUCGAUCUACGAACACCAAGGCAAAGCCGAUCCCCCAGCAGUUGUUCUCAAGAAAGCCCUCAUACGACCUUGGCUCCUUCUCUUUGUCGAACCCAUUGUUCUCCUCCUCUCAACAUACAUCGCUAUUCUGUUCGGCACGCUUUACAUGCUCUUCGGCGCGUAUCCUGUUGUCUUCCAAUUAGAACGGGGUUGGUCCGCUGGUAAAGGCGGUCUGGCUUUCCUUGGUGUUGCAGUCGGAAUGAUUGGUGCUAUUCCAGUUAUCGGACUUAUGAAUAUUUGGUACAUGAAGCAAGCAGCCAAGUACAAGGGAGAGCCGGUUCCUCCGGAGAAUCGACUUCCUGGAUGUAUGCUUGGAGGAAUCUGCGUACCGGUAGGAAUGUUCUGGUUCGCAUGGACUUCAUAUCCUGACGUACAUUGGAUGGCACCAGUAGCCGCUGGUGUUCCCUUCGGCUUAGGCAUGGCCCUGGUAUUCAACAGCAUCUUCAACUAUCUCAUCGACUCAUACACCAUCUACGCCGCCUCAGUUCUCGCUUCUAAUGCAGUAUUACGAUCGAUGUUUGGCGCGGCCUUUCCGUUAUUCACGAAGCAAAUGUACGACAAGCUAGGCACACAAUGGGCUAGCACCGUCCCUGCCUUUCUGUCUCUUGCGUGUUUGCCAAUGCCUUUCAUCUUCUACAAGUAUGGACCUGCGAUCAGACAACGUUGCAAGUACUCUGCGAAGGCAGCGCAAGCAACAGCUAUGGCGACGAAGGGUUGA